AUGUCCACCUCCGAGCUCGCCUGCUCUUACGCCGCUCUGAUCCUUGCCGAUGAUGGCAUUGAGAUCUCUGCCGACAAGAUCCAGACUCUCCUGACUGCCGCCAAGGUCCAGGAGGUUGAGCCCAUCUGGGCCACCAUUUUCGCCAAGGCUCUUGAGGGCAAGGACAUCAAGGACUUGCUGACCAACGUUGGCUCCGCUGGCCCUGCUCCCGCCGCUGGUGCCGCCGCUGCCGGUGGUGCUGCUGCCCCCGCCGAGGCCGCCGCUGAGGAGAAGGUUGAGGAGAAGGAGGAGUCCGAUGACGACAUGGGAUUCGGACUUUUCGACUAA